AACGUUUUAUUGCUUCGCGACUUUCCAACGCCAACGAACUCAGCACCGCGCUUUUCCAACGGCUUUUUACAAGCGCCACCGUCGCCGCCGAACAAACAAUAAUAAAGAAAAGCGCCAGACAAAAAGCUAAGCGCUAAUUGGCCGACCAGUAUUGUAGUACGGCAUUUCUUAAUGUUUAGUGUUGACUUAGCUCGACGUCGCAUCGUGUAAAUGGUGGCAUAUCAAUUGACCAGGUUUUCUGUGCUCUGAAUAAAAGGGAGCCGCGGAGUAGUGUAAUAAAAUCAAAAUAAGUUGAAAGCAAAAAAUCCCUAAUACACACGCACACACUGGAGCACGGGAGCGCCACAGUGUGUGUCAGUGAGUGUGGGUGUGUGUUCAUGCGCAGGCGCCAAUUCUAGUUUCUGAGCAUUAAUUGCUUUUCGCAAUACGAUCGAAUGGCGUCUACCAUGUAGAAUCACAUAUCAGCAACGUGCAUUUCAAGUCAGAGAGGAACCAUGGUGGAAUCCUCGAGUCUGGGGAGAACCCCGCCGGCGGCCCAGCAGCCAAUUCCGCAGCAGCACUCCCCAUCGCCCUCAGGACUGCGAUGCGGCAACAUGGAGACGCGUGUACGUGGCGCGUGGUACCGCGUCCUGGUCACGCUGGAGACCGACUUCCUGGCCGUCAGCCUGGACGAGUCCUGUGAGGCGGCGCAGCCAUCGAACGAUGGACAAUCUACUACCCUGAAUGGAACCAUGGGAAGCAAUCACAGUGGCGGAGGAGGCGGUGGCGCAGGCGGCGGGGGAUCAGGUGGAGGCGGCCAGAACGGCACCCUGCCCAGUUCCGCGUCGCUGCAGGGUAUGAAUAUCCAGGAUACAGAGCUAGACGGCUCCGGCAGCAACGACAAUGGGGACCGCGAUCCUUGCCUGAACAACAACAACAAUGCUGGCGAUGGUGGCGGCAUGGAUAUGUGCGACGUACCUGACCAUGUGGCCAACCAGAAGCGUCAUGUGCGGAUCAUUAAGUCGGACAACAACGGCCUGGGCAUCUCCAUCAAGGGUGGCCGGGAGAACCGCAUGCCCAUCCUCAUCUCGAAGAUCUUUCGGGGCAUGGCCGCCGACCAGGCCAAAGGUCUGUACGUGGGCGACGCCAUCCUGACCGUCAACGGGGAGGAACUGCGGGACGCCACCCACGACGAGGCGGUGAGGGCCCUGAAGCGGUCCGGUCGAGUGGUGGAUCUGGAAGUUAAAUUCCUGCGCGAAGUGACGCCCUACUUUCGGAAGGCGAGCAUCAUCUCGGAAGUGGGCUGGGAGCUCCAGCGGGCCUUCCUCUGUCCGCUGGGACCAGGCGUGCCGACGUCGCCGCCCGCCCCCAAGACGACACCCCGGGCGGAUACGCGAUACAUCCCACUGCAGCUGACGCAUCUGGCCAGGAAUCUCAAAUACAUCGACCCGGAAAAUCGGUGCUUCGAGUUGCAUUCGCCGGACGGAGUGCACUCCUGCAUCCUGCGGGCAGCGGACUCGGCGGAGGCCCUGGUCUGGUUCAAUGCCCUCCACUCGGCGAUGGGUACCAGCACGCAGCGGGCCUUGGCCGAGGCCAAUCGGGCACUGACCAACCUCAUCGGCGAACUGAAACACAUUGGAUGGCUGAGCAAGCGGAUGAGCGGCGGGGGAAGUUCUGGGAGCGCCGGGGGCGGAGCGGCCAGCGGGGGCAGCGGCACCUCGAACAGCGGUGUAGCCGGCGAGUUGGUAAGUCCCAGCGGUCGUUCCAGUUCGGAGAGCUCCGAUGAGAGUGACAAGUGGCUGCCCAUAUUCGUGGCGGUGACGGAGCGUGAGUUCCGGAUAUACGAGAGUGCUCCCUGGUCGGUGGAGGCCUGGAGUCGCCCCCUGGAAAUCUACGCUCUGGCCACGACGCGUCUGGCAGGAGCCGGCAACAAUUCCUCCCUGAACGGCCAGCAGACUACGGUGUUCUGCGUCCGAUGCGGCACCGCCCGUGGGGUGCUCGUCUACUGGCUCCGCUCGGAGACGCACCGGGACAUGGCCGCCUGGGCCAGGUCCCUCGUUCAGGGCUCCCACCAAGCGGUCAACUACCAGAGGGAGUUCUCGUUCCGCUGCCUGUUCCAGGGCCGGCAGUGUCAAUUGGUUGUGCACAUAAAUCGUGGCUUCUUUCUGUACGACUGUGGUGGAUUCGCUCCAACCACUCCGACGGUGGCCACCGCCAAGACGCAGCUGUGGCAGUUCGCCUUCGACAAGCUGAAGGGUUCCGCGGAUGACGGCGCCAGGAUGUUGUAUCUGGACUUCGGCGAGGACGGAGAGAUUGAACUGGACAUGGAGUGCUGUCCAAAGCCGGUUGUUUUCGUCGUGCACAAUUGCCUGUCGGCCAAAGUACACAAUAUUGCCUAGGACGAGGUUGGAUUGGAAAGCCAGUCUGAUAACUGUUGAUGUUUUGGGUGCAAUCGAUUUUUGUAUUUCUACUAGGUACAAAGCUACAGUGCAUAUGGUUUAGUUAUUAGAUUGUUCAACGAAAAAGUAUUAUUGCUUAUUUUAUGUGUUUAAAGUUUGUUCGUUUAGACACAUACAUAUCUGAAGAUAUUUAUUAAAUGCAAUAACUGUUAUCUGUCAAUUAAUCCAGAUUUAAUCAAGAAAUUCAAAUUAGGACACAUUUUGUAAACCUCAUUUGUAGAUCAGCCUAAAAGACGAUCGCAAAAUAUUAUAAUUCUGUUCGUAUUGUAGCUUCUGUUUUACCUAAAAUAUUAACAUUUACAAGAGUAAGGACUACCAAAAUUACGACCUAGUUAAUUUAGCAAAGAAAGUAUUAGAUAGUGGUAGAUGAGUGAGCAUUUCGCGCUUCCUGGUGGGUUUGGAAAUGGAUUAGUUGGAUAGGAUUAGCUGGAAGAAGACAGAAAAGUAGAUUUUUGGGAAAAAAACACGAAGCACAAACCAAAAACCGAAAGUAAAGACAAGUAAGACAAAACAAAACCACUUUAUGUAUCUUGUAAGUAGACGUAAAUUCAUUUUAUACGUGUGUCAUUUACACAGGUUACCAUCUAAAGUGAAACCGAAAAUCGAAAUCUAAUUCUAUGAACUCCACAACAUCUACAUAAACGUUGAACAAUAAAUAUCGUAAUUGUACUUAACUACUUGUAUCUUGAAUCUUGUAUCUAAACGAAGCACACAUAUCUCGAGGCACCGUCAUUGGCGUCGAUAUCGAGCGCGAAUUAGGCUCCCAACUAUACUAAAUAUAAAAUCAGAUAGUUACCUAAAUGAUACGAGUAUAUCCAGGCCAUUUCGUAAUUUUUCCCCACUCUUCAUGUACAAGCCAUCGAUCAAAUGCAAUUAUUAUACAUUUAUAUCACAUAUAACACGACACAUACUCAUUUUAUGAAAUUAGAAAUUUCGUUAUAGACAAAAACACACAAAAGUAAUACAAGUAAUGACAGAAGUCAAUAAGAUAAUAACAAAGUAUAAGACGUACAAUAUUUUUAACGUAAGUAGUGUUGAAUCUUCUAUAAUAAACUUAUAUAUAA